AGUACUCCUACUGGCGCCGCCGUGCGUGAAUCAACACAAACUAGCUUCCAACACAACAGCUAAGUUAGAUAUCGAUUACUGUCCGAGAAAGAAUGGAUGAUUCUAUGAAACGCCUAUUGCAGCGACUCAUUAGACGGAUACCGGCUCAUAUGCUAAGAACAACGCUGGAUAAGUGGGGCCGUUUGAGUGGGGCACAGCAGCGAUCUCUCGAUUUUACUCAACCAAAAUGGGUGUUAACAGAAAAAUUAUUAGCCAUAUGCGAGGAAAAUGGCUGGACAAUUAAACACAUCACAGAACUUGAGAUGACAUAUGUCAUCGACAAUCCAAACCAGGGAAUGUGGCAUGCCUCACAGCUGAUGGACCCUGAGGAUGACGCUCACUCUGUAGAGCUGACGCAGUUCAAAGAACAAUUUAAAGCUCACCUCAGUGAGCUUGUGAGACCUGUGUCUGUCAAAAUAAAGAAGCACACAGAUGAAGCUGUAUGGAUUCGGAUUGCAUGGGGAGACCGCUUCUCUGAGCCAAACCACCUGAAACCGACAUAUGUUGUUCACCAUCUUCAAACCCCUUACGUCUUUGUGACCAGCUUGACUUCAAAGCAAAAGCCACUGUUAUCCCAAGCCUUGGUUCUGUCCACCAGAUAUCAAGCUAUCAAGGAUGCUAACCUCAGUGGACGGAAACUCACUGCCAUUAGGGACCUGCUGAUGAGGCAUUAUCAACAGGUGUUUCCCACAAAGUAUCCCAGCCCUCUUAAAGAAAAGAACCAAACUGUCUCAAACCCACAUGUAGAAAAAGAACAAGCUGGUCCUGCAGUAAACAGACUUCAGAUGGCCUGUGAGGCCUUUGGUGAUGGGACGUUGCCUCAACUACAGUCUGCAGUUUACAAGCUGGAGACAAAAUUCAGAGACCACACCAACAAGAUCAUGACAGAGCGGGAGGAGCCCUUCAGAUGUGUUGUCAAAUUUGCAAGCACCAAUCUCCUGGAGUCGCUCAGACACUGUGCAUCUACAGGAAUUGCCUCCACCCCUGUCACACCUCUGCUCUCAUCUAUUCCUCUAAAAGGAAAGAAUUAUUUUGUCAUCACAGACAAUGGCCCUGGUCCCUCCUCACAAAUGCGACAACCACUGACCUGAUUGGUGACAGUACCUUGAUUUAAAGGACUCACAAUGUUGCCUCUUCUAACUUCUGCUAUGUCUAGUCCACCCAUGCUUUGCUAAACUAAUGUAUGUAAUGUAUUAAUUUAUUUACAAUAGAUAAUUGGCAUUUAUUAUCUUUUGUUGAUGAGAAUGUUACUGUCAUCAAAUGUUAGAUGUCCAAAAUGAAAAUAAAAG